AUGGAUAACGUCCUCCCUGUGGACUCAGACCUCUUCCCAAACAUCUCCACCAACACCUCAGAGCCCAACCAGUUUGUGCAGCCGGCCUGGCAAAUUGUCCUUUGGGCGGCUGCCUACACAGUCAUUGUGGUGACCUCUGUGGUGGGCAACGUGGUGGUGAUGUGGAUCAUCUUGGCUCACAAGAGAAUGAGGACAGUUACUAACUAUUUCCUGGUGAACCUGGCCUUCGCAGAAGCCUCCAUGGCUGCAUUCAAUACAGUGGUGAACUUCACUUAUGCUGUCCACAACGAGUGGUACUACGGCCUGUUCUACUGCAAAUUCCACAACUUCUUCCCCAUUGCUGCUGUCUUUGCCAGUAUCUACUCCAUGACAGCUGUGGCCUUCGAUAGGUACAUGGCCAUCAUCCACCCCCUCCAGCCCCGGCUGUCGGCCACAGCCACCAAGGUGGUCAUCUGUGUCAUCUGGGUCCUGGCUCUCCUCCUGGCCUUCCCCCAAGGCUACUACUCAACCACGGAGACCAUGCCCAACCGAGUGGUGUGCAUGAUUGAAUGGCCGGAGCAUCCCAACAAGAUUUAUGAGAAAGUGUACCACAUCUGUGUGACUGUGUUGAUCUACUUCCUCCCCCUGCUGGUGAUAGGUUAUGCAUACACUGUAGUGGGCAUCACACUGUGGGCCAGCGAGAUCCCUGGGGAUUCCUCUGACCGUUACCACGAGCAAGUCUCUGCCAAGCGCAAGGUGGUUAAGAUGAUGAUUGUUGUUGUAUGCACCUUUGCCAUCUGCUGGCUGCCCUUCCACAUCUUCUUCCUCCUGCCUUACAUCAACCCUGAUCUCUACCUGGAGAAGUUUAUUCAGCAGGUUUACCUGGCCAUCAUGUGGCUGGCCAUGAGCUCUACAAUGUACAACCCCAUCAUCUACUGCUGCCUCAAUGACAGGUUCCGUCUGGGCUUCAAGCAUGCCUUUCGGUGCUGCCCUUUCAUCAGUGCUGGUGACUAUGAGGGGCUCGAAAUGAAAUCCACUAGGUACCUCCAGACGCAGGGCAGUGUGUAUAAAGUCAGCCGCCUGGAGACCACUGUCUCCACAGUGGUGGGGUCCCAUGAGGAAGACCUGGAGGAAGGCCCCAAGGCCAUGCCCUCAUCCCUGGACAAGACCUCCAAUGACUCCUCUCGCAGCGACUCUAAGACCAUGAUGGAGAACUUCAGCUUCUACUCCAACAUGCUCUCCUAG